AUUCGAGGACCCUGCCCUCCCCCCACAACCCCACUAUUAAUUAUGCAGAUAUAAAUAAAAAAAUUUAGUUCUUCAACUGCAUACAUGCUGGAAAAUGAUAACCAAGAAUUUCUUAAAAUUCAUAUUUUACUAGUGGAGACAUGGUUAGUCUUAGUGGUAAAGUGAGUACGGAACAUGGAAUCCGAACAACAGCUACAAAGUUCUUCAACUUUGUCUUGAAGCAACUUCACCACGUUCAGAACGUUACUGAAAGAGUGCAUCAAACCAAGUUGCAGCAAGGGGACUGGUAUAACAUUGGUUCAGUUAGACACUGGACUUACGUCAUAGAUGGAAAGGUUGUAACAUGCAAGGAUAACAUUGACGCCAUUGACGAAAGGAACAUGAUAAUCACAUACAACGUUUUUGAAGGAGAUGUAAGUCAGCAGUUCAAGACCUUGAAGCUCAUCUUUCAAGCUAUUGAUAAGGAUGAUGGUAGUGCUUUCGUUAAAUGGACUUUUGAAUAUGAGAAGAUCAAUGAGAAAGUUGAACCUCCUUAUAGCUAUGUGGACCUCUUCACCAAGAUUACUAAAGAUAUUGAUACUCAUCUCGUCCAGGCAUAGCACCAAAUUAAAGUUGUAAGGAAUAAAAGAAUAGUGGGUUUGGCUUGAGGUUAGUGCUUUUCUAAAUAAGUAGCGUGAACUUGGAUAAAGAAUAAGGAUGUUUGCUUCUUUUCUUUGUAAUGAGUAAACUUGAAUUAGAUGCCUACUGAUGUAUUGAUUAUGUAAAAUAUAUGUGAAAGGGUUCACUACAAUAAUAAACGGAUAUAAAAUAUAAAUGGGAAUAAUAUUUAUUUUA